CGUGAUUCUUGAGCAAACCGAAGGGCGAGAUUUGUCAUUACGAAGAGAGCGGGCAAAAGCAACGCUGGGAAUAGCCAUUUCUGACGGACCCCAAAUAUUCAUCAAUUUCCCUUAGUAAGCAUCUUGAAGAAAGUCUUCGCCUUUCCUUCCAAAGAGAAAAAGAUGAGAGAGAUAAUCAGCAUACAUAUUGGGCAAGCAGGAAUUCAGGUGGGGAAUUCUUGCUGGGAGCUAUACUGUCUCGAACAUGGCAUCCAACCCGAUGGCAUGAUGCCCAGUGACACCUCUGUUGGGGUUGCACGUGAUGCUUUCAACACUUUCUUCAGUGAGACUGGUUCAGGAAAGCAUGUGCCUAGAGCUAUAUUUGUUGAUCUUGAACCAACUGUGAUUGAUGAAGUCAGGACAGGUCCUUAUCGACAGCUCUUCCAUCCUGAGCAGCUAAUUUCUGGGAAGGAAGAUGCUGCUAAUAAUUUUGCUAGGGGACACUAUACAGUUGGGAGGGAAGUUGUAGAUCUCUGCCUUGAUCGGGUGAGGAAAUUAGCUGAUAAUUGCACUGGUUUGCAAGGGUUUUUGGUGUUUAAUGCCGUUGGUGGUGGAACUGGCUCUGGUCUGGGGUCUUUGUUAUUGGAACGAUUGUCUGUAGAUUAUGGAAAGAAAUCAAAGCUUGGAUUCACCAUCUACCCUUCACCUCAGGUCUCAACGGCAGUUGUGGAGCCUUAUAAUAGUGUUCUAUCCACUCAUUCACUUCUUGAGCACACAGAUGUUGCAGUUCUUUUGGACAAUGAAGCAAUUUAUGAUAUUUGCCGGAGGUCCCUAGAUAUUGAGAGGCCAACUUAUACCAAUUUGAACCGACUCAUAUCUCAAAUCAUAUCAUCCUUGACAACUUCUUUAAGGUUUGAUGGAGCUAUUAAUGUGGACAUUACAGAGUUUCAGACAAAUCUUGUGCCAUAUCCACGUAUCCAUUUCAUGCUUUCCUCUUAUGCUCCUGUUAUAUCAGCUGAGAAAGCAUACCAUGAGCAACUAUCAAUUCCUGAGAUUACAAAUGCAGUGUUUGAGCCUUCAAGCAUGAUGGCAAAGUGUGAUCCCCGGCUUGGCAAGUACAUGGCCUGCUGCUUGAUGUACCGUGGAGAUGUUGUGCCAAAGGAUGUUAAUGCUGCUGUUGCCACCAUCAAAACUAAGAGAACUGUUCAGUUUGUUGACUGGUGCCCAACAGGCUUCAAAUGUGGUAUUAACUAUCAGCCCCCAACAGUUGUACCUGGAGGUGAUCUUGCGAAGGUGCAGCGAGCUGUUUGCAUGAUCAGUAACAAUACAGCAGUUGCAGAGGUUUUCUCUCGCAUUGAUCACAAGUUUGAUCUCAUGUAUGCAAAAAGGGCUUUUGUGCAUUGGUAUGUGGGUGAGGGCAUGGAAGAAGGUGAAUUCUCUGAAGCCCGUGAAGAUCUGGCUGCUCUUGAGAAAGAUUAUGAGGAAGUGGCCACUGAAGAUGUUGAUGAUGGAGAGGAAGGUGAAGAUUAUUGAUGCACUUGUGCAAGUGGAGGUUCUGCCCACCAACCUUCCCCCUAUAUUAUGAUGCCAUGUUGCCUUAUGUAGCUUCAUUGUCUUUCUGGAUGCUGUAAGAGUGUCAAAAUUAUGCCUGUCCAAUGUUUAGACCUUUGCUUUUGUGCCAAUAAUGAAGUGAUACAGCA